GUGAUUUUAGUGAAUGUCACUCUGUCAUUUUCAAAUUUCCCACCGUUCCGUCCCCCGUACGCCCCGACACUCGCAGGGGACGGAACCCAGAUGGCAGAUGCCGGAAUCCGCCGGAGGACAUUGCCGGGGACACUGCAGGAGGGACAUCGCCGGAGCGAAGGACAAGGCAAGUGAUCGAGAGAUCCCGGAGGAGCAGCGCCGCAUGGUAAGCCCGAGUGUAGCUCAGGGGUUACCGCUUGUAAUACUGAAACUUUACCCCGAGCUACACUUGGGAAUACCACCAGGGAGGUUAAUUGAUCAAGCUGAAGUUAGAAGCUGAUUGGCUACCAUGCACAGCUGCACCAGAUUCUGAGUGCUCCAG